AAUAAUGAAACAAAUAAACCGAUGGUGACAACAACGACAACAAAAAAAAUCAUCAGAUUCAAAAAUCGUGAAUCUCUCUUGACACAAAUGUUUGCAAAUGACGCCAAUUUACGUACAAUACACAACAUGAUAGUCAUGUUGGUAAUUGUGUUCCUGCUUUAUACAAUUGAAGAUAUUAUCAAAGAACCAGCCAAAUAUGAAGAAAUUUACAAAGUAAUUUUGUGGAAUGUGAGCGAUCUAGGCUCGGUGAUACGAAUAUGGUUAAUGAUGAAUAUGAUUGUACUCGGUUUGCAUUAUCCAUUGGUUUUAUUCAACAAUUUUCUUCAAUAUCGAUGGUUAUUGAUCAAUAAUCCCGAGAAUGAUAAACAAUAUGCUGGAUGUUUACAUCGAACCAUUUUGUACACCAUCUAUGGUUGUAUUUCGAUUUUUGGAAUACUCAUUUAUUGUACUUAUAGCGUGUUAAUUAACGAUAUUAAAUUGACUGGUUCAUUUAGCCUGUUGUUGGAGAUGACGCGACUUUUGAUGAAAUCACAUUCAUUUUUCGUGGAAAAAAAAGAUCUUUACAUCGACAAAGAAACACUAGCAUGUUUAAUAAGCCAGGAGCCUAAAAAUAUUUAUCGUUCUUUUUGGUCACUUUCAUCACGAGCUCAAUUCUGGAAAUUUAUUUAUUACUUGUUUGCACCAACUUUGUUAUACCGUGAUUCUUAUCCACGAACCAAAAAAAUUCGAUGGAUUUGUGCUGUUAAUUUUGGUCUACAAUUCAUUUUAACUGUUCUAUUAAUGUUUUAUCUGACGUAUCAAGGUUUUGUUGUCAAUCUGAAAAAAACUGGCAUCGAACCACUAGUGCUCAAUUUCAAAUUGCUUUACCAAAUUAUCGCCUAUGGAAUAAUUCUUUAUUGGUUGUUUUUUUACUUUUUUUUCCAUGCUUAUCUUAAUUUCACUGCCGAACUUUUACGUUUCGGUGAUCGUCAUUAUUAUGAUGAUUUUUGGAAUAGUAAAUCAGCACAAGAAUAUUUUCGAAAAUGGAAUCAUGUAGUACAACAAUGGCUUUAUGUUUACAUAUUCAUACCUAUCGAUAAUCGAUUCCAUAAUCGUGUAUUGACCAAUGUGGCUGUCUUCAUAACCUCAGCUUUGGUACAUGAAUACAUUAUCGGUUUUACAUUACGUUUUUUCUUUCCAGUCAAUCUAAUUGCCAUGAUAGUUUUAACUCAAUCCGUGUAUUUUAUGGAAAAAUUUAAUUUAAUUAAAACAAUAAAUCAUUUCUUAAUUGUAUCAAUUGUAACUUGGUCAAUUAUGGUGGCUAUUUUUAUAAUCGAAUGGUAUUCCAGGAUUAAAUGUCCAUUGCCUGAACAUUUAAAAUCAUGGAUCAAUUUGCCACGUUCAUUUUACUGUGUGAAAUUAUGAUAGCACAACACACAC